CUGCAGUUGCAGCAACAUCAACAACAACACCAACACCAACACCAACAGGCUACCGGGUCGUGUCUUACGCCGGGAAAGUCCACGGCCGGCCUCGGGUCGGGAGUGGCCAGACCGGGCGCGACAACUGGCUCGGUUACCGCAGGAGGGCCACCACUGGCGCCGGGCAGCCAGCAGGGCUCCAGCAGCCUGCUGGCCAUUGCAACGUGUAGCUACAGUCUUCACUUCUUUCCCAACCUGUUUACUUCUUCUCGAUCACACUCUCCUCCAACUAUUUUCCCGAUUAGCCGGUCCCCAUUUGUUCGCUGCUUUCGUUGCAUUUGCGCGAAUUCGAGUCGUUCUCUCGGCGUACUUGCGGCGUUUCUACUUACGGUCUCACACAUGCUCUUCUUCAUCGAGUCCCCUGCGCCUCUCUCGGACCUGUUCACCUACAUUCUUUAUCCCCCUCUCUACCGUCUCACUUUCAGGCACUGCAUGCCUACAUUUUGCCUCGAACAUUCACAUGUACGCAAUUGCCUGUUGCCUAGGCGUGAUGCAGGUACAAAGGCGUGUAGAAAAUGUCUGAAAUAG